GAGCCUCUUGGGCUUCCGUAACCAAGGACAAGCGCACGUCUACAAAUAGGAUAAUCCUAUUGAAUUUUAUUUAAAAAAUAUAUUUUUCAUUUAACGUCACUGUUAAGUCUACCCCCGGGUCAUGGCUGCUCAGAAAAUAAAUGAAGCUCAUGAGCACAUCGCCAAAGCUGAAAAAUGUUUAAAAACAAGUUUGACAAAGUGGAAACCGGACUUUGACAGCGCUGCAUCAGAGUACGCAAAAGCAGCUGUGGCUUUCAAAAAUGCCAAACAGUUUGAGCAGGCUAAGGAUGCCUACCUGAAGGAAGCCGAAUACCACACUGAAAAUAAAGCUUUAUUCCAUGCUGCUAAGGCACUUGAACAAGCAGGUAUGAUGAUGAAGGAUAUGAAACGCAUGCCAGAAGCCGUGCAGUACAUAGAGAAAGCCAGUAUGAUGUAUGUGGAGAAUGGAACCCCAGACACCGCAGCGAUGGCUCUGGAUCGGGCUGGAAAGCUCGUAGAACCUACAAAUGUAGCGCAAGCUGUGGAUCUCUACCAGAAGGCUGCUUCUGUGUUUGAGAAUGAGGACCGUCUGCGACAGGCUGCUGAGCUCUUGGGGAAGGCCUCAAGACUCCUGGUUAGACUACGCAGACUCGAUGAAGCUGCCGUUUCCAUUCAGAAGGAGAAGAAUAUGUACAAAGAGAUAGAGAACUACCCUACAUGCUUUAAGAAAACAAUUGCGCAGGUGCUGGUACAUCUUCACAGAAAUGACUUUGUCGCUGCAGAUAAGUGUGUCAGAGAGACUUACAGUAUCCCAGGGUUCAGUGGGAGUGAGGACUGUGUUGCUCUGGAGCAGUUAUUGCAGGGGUAUGAUGAACAAGAUGAGGACCAAGCAUAUCGUGUCUGUAACUCCGCUCUAUUCAAGUACAUGGACAACGACUAUGCCAAGCUGGCUAUCAGUCUCAGAGUCCCUGGAGGUGGAAAGAAGAAGAAAUCCCCCACCGCUCCACAGGGGGGAGCUGGAGGUGCAGCUGAAGAGGAUGAUGAUUAUGAGGGAGGUCUGUGUUAACCACAGAACCAUAAACCCUAAAACCCCAGUCACACAGUACCCAUCCUGUAUGAGAGGCGGAGCCCUGUUAGUUAUACUGUCCCCUCCCAUUUAGGCCUCCUUAAGGGAGUUCCCUUAAUAUAGAAAACAGUGUAUUUCCUGCUAUCUGUACAGUAUUAGGCAUUAUUGUAUUGCUAUUUAUUUGAUUAUCAGUCUUGUUCCAACUUGUUUUGGAGAAAAUAGGCAAAACGUGUGUAAUAUAUGAGAGUUAUUUAUUAACAGUAUCAGGGGAGUUUGAAGAGACCCUUUAACCUUGUGUAGGCAAUCUCCAUUUGUCUACCUCAGGAUUGCUGUCCAGCAGGUAGGACAGACAUACAGAAAGACUGAUGUUAGUCAAUGACAUCAAAAAAACGCAAUGUGGGGACCAGUGCAAUGAGAGUUUUAACAAGUUGUAAAAUGUUUUUCUUUUUUUAGCCUCCCCCUCAAAAAUAGCCACUCACCAACUGGUGUUCGUUUCAAUUGAUUAGUGCCAGCCCAUCCCAGAUGUGAUGCAUCCCAUCAGAUCGUAUGUGUAAUUGGUGUGAGUCAAUGUAUUUAGCCAUCAUGUAAUAAUAAUAAGUACUUUAAGGCAACAUUAGUGUUGUGGAAAUGGAGGGCAUGGCUUGAUUGAGGGCUACAGCAUGGGAACUACAGGAGAAACAUCCCUCUAGUGAAAGCUCAGCAAUAAAAUGUUUUCUGUUGUCACGUUCCUUUUUUAAUUCUUAUUUUAUAUGUGGGUUAUCUGUAGAAUCAUUCCACAGUGAGUUUUGUACAUAUUGUCAACUUAUUGUCAGUUUAAAUCACAAGAGCUGUAAUUGUUGAGUAUAUUUACAACAGGAGCUUGGGUAAAGGCUAAAUGGGCAUUCCCUCAUAUGUCACCCCUGAUUUGUGAGAACAUAGCCUUGUACUGUACAUCCUAAGCACUGUACUGUAACACUGCUUGUUGAGUUGCUAUUGUAUCUAGCCACAAAUUACAUGGUCUUGUAAAUUGUGUCUCCCAAAACAUGUGAUGUGUCAGUGUGUUAGAAAAGAAAAAGAAUCCUUAUAUUGCUGCUGAAAAUAAAACCUUGUCAAUUUA